AAAAACUGAAGCUGAAAACUCAUGGAUUUCCUUAUCAACAAACUCUACGUGGUUGUCUUAGAAGCGAUUAGAGUAUGGCGAAUAUUCAUGUAUAUCGUUGCGUACAUCGGAUUCAAACCAAUCAGAACAUACAUAACGAGGAAAUUUUAUGCGGCCGGCAUAAAAAUAAAUGACAAUACGGAACCGCAUAAUAUGAUCGUACAUAAUGAUUGGUUUUACCAUCGAAUCGCCUGUGAUGGAUCAUUAGGUUGGGGCGAAUCUUAUGCGGAAGGAUGGUGGGAUUGCAAGAAGCUUGACGACUAUUUUUACAAAAUCCUACAGAAUGGCCUUUACCAAGAACUAUUGUUUCCAUGGGAAAAGCUUAUUCGUUACCUCACGUUCGAUGCUUUCAAUCGGCAAAUUGUUGGGUGCAGCCAAGAAAUUGCUGACAAACAUUACGAUUUCGGUAACCCGUUCUUUAAGUCGUUUUUGGGUACCAGCAUGAUCUACAGUUGUGCAUAUUGGAUAGGUGCUAAGAAUUUGGACGAAGCACAGCAAAACAAAUUGCAACUCAUUGGCCGAAAGCUUAAACUGAAGCCAGGAAUGCGUGUGUUAGACGUGGGUUGUGGAUGGGGUGAAUUGUGCAAAUUUCUUGCUCAGACGUACAAUGUUGAAGUGGUGGGUGUUACCAAUUCUAAGGAAGGUGCUAAAGAGGCUCGCCAGCGCUGUACAGGUUUACACGUAGACAUUCGCUUACAGGACUAUCGUGAUAUUAAUGAAAGUUUUGAUCGCAUCGUUUCCAUUGAACUUCUGGAACAUGUCGGUCGAAAAAACUAUCGAUCUUUCUUCGAACUUAUGCAUCGAUGUCUCUCUGACGACGGUAUCUUUCUGUUGCAUACUAUUGGCCACGACAAUGACAGUAUUCCUCGCACUGAACCGUUUGUCUGGAAGCAUUUAAUUCCGAAUGUAAUGCUGCCGAAUCACAAAAGCAUUCCUGUUGCCAUCGACAACCUAUUUUGCAUCGAAGAUUGGCACAAUUUUGGCCCGCACUAUGAAAAGACACUGUUGGCUUGGCGUGAUAAUUUUGUGAUAAACUGGCCCACCAUUAGUCGUAUGUACGAGAAUCCCACAUCAUCUUUUUACCGCAAAUGGACACUUUAUUUAAACAUUGGCGCUGCACUAUUCCGAGCACGUAAAGCUCAAGUAUGGCAAAUCGUUUUGACAAAAGGACUUGACGGUGGCUAUAAUUCCGUUCGAUGAUAGUCUACUUUGAGCAUCGCAGAAAUACAUUCGUCAAUUAAUGAUUCGAAUAAAUUCUGUGAUCAAACAAUCAAAGCCAAAUUCAAUGUUCUUUUAUUGAGCAGAUGUACAAGAAGAAGAACAAGAAAAGAUAAGUGAAGAAGAAGUUGAUGAUAUACAGUAGAAAAUGACGAUGGUGAUAUUCAGGACAAAAGGAAGUAGCAGAAAAAGAGGGUGGUAAAUAGAAGAAGAAGGUGCAAAGCAAAAGAAGAAGGACUGAAUACAA